AUGACAGAACACAGAGGUACGUCUUUUUACAAUUCCUGUGUAAAAGUACCAGUAGAUCCGUGUAGUAGGCAACCUACUCCUUCAUAUGAACGUAUUGGAUCUAGAAAUAAUAAAAAAUAUCGCGAUAUUUACAACAGACGCAAAAUAAAUUUUGCAAAAGACGAGGAAUAUGUUAGCGAAUCGGAAAUAUCAAGUCCUAGAGGGAUUGUGGACAAUUUUUUGGAAUUCCUAGAGAGUAUACCAGAUUAUGGUCAAGUCCAUCAUUUAUCAAAUGAGCAAUUUAAACAAAAAGUAGAUUAUUUAAAACGGAAACAAAAGUUGUUAUUAGAAAACUUACAAAAUUCGCAUGUUGACCAUGAAAAUGCAAAUGUAUCUAAAUUUUCAGUAUUUAAGUGUAAUCAGAACCAGAGACCAAAAAUGAAAAGUAAAAGUACUAUUAAUGAUUUAACAUUGAAUGGUAAAAAGUGUUACUUGGAAGAAUGUAGAACUUCUAGUCCUAUACUUUUUCCUUCUAAUAAAGUUGACAGACUCUCAGAAGAUGAGGAUUUUUUAAUAAAUACCUAUACCAGAAGGGAUAAAGAAAAUGAAACAGUAUGUAAAGAAAAAGCAUGCUUGACUAAUGAAAAUUGGACUAUGUGGAAUAAAUUGAAUAGGGAUGAUAGUAUGGAAAGUGAUAUUGACAGUAUAGAGACAAGAAGUUUACCAGCCAGUCUUACAAAAGUGUGGCAUCCUACUGUACCCAAGCCAUUUAGCUUCACCCUAAGAGAAGAAGCAGAAAAGUACAUGACACAUGCUGAAGUGGAAGUAGAAGAAGUACACAGAGAUUUAGAAAGUAAUAAAAGGAGUCCAUGUAGAAAACGACGUGUAAGACCAAUUCCACUUACAUCAAAAAUUCCACUUUAUGAAAAGUUACUGGCUGAGAAAGAAGAACGGAGUCGUAUAAUCCGCGAAGAAAGUGCGUUAAAUUUAAUGUCUCAGGUACGCCCUUUUAGACUCGAGUGCGAUCGUCGAGCUUGGAGAUGUUUAGCAAGGUCUAGCCCAGAAAUACGUAGUAAGAGCGUUAACACGAGUUCGAAAUUCAAGGCUAAACCAGUGCCAAGGAAUCUUUUCAGUACCGAAGUGUACGAUCGUAUGCUCGAAGACGAAUAUUACAGGCAGUUAGAAAAAAAAGUAAGAGCCGCGCAAUUAAUGAAGUCAUCUUCUUUACCUCCAUCGAUGGCAAGACGAGAACGAGUGAAAUCUCAGUUGCAGCGUUCGAUUAAAAAUUGCAACGAGAACAUCGAGCAUAAGAGCCCUUCGUUAUUGUCAAAUGAUACUUCAGUACCAUUAGGAAGAUGUAAAUCUAUGAUGUCCCUUUUACCUCUACAGGGAAAUAAUUUGGCAGCAAUUUUAAGAUGCCAAGUAUCACGGGAAAAGUUGGAACGAGAAAUAAGGGAAAAAAUGGAAGAGAAACGACGAGAACAGGAAAUAAAACUUAGGGAAUCGUUGAUUGGACGCAAUCCAGUGUGGCGAGACUUAAGAUCUGCAGCAAGGCACGAACACGAGAGAGAUCUUAGCAUUCGAACUUUGCUUCGUCGCAACGAAGCGCGUGAACAAGCGGAACGUCAUCGAUUGCAAAUGGAAAUGAUGCUGGACCGCGUGACACAAAUACCAACUCUUUUCGAACGUCAUUCUCAAGAUUUUCAGUCGUUGACAAAGGUGCAGCAGAAAAUUGGUAGUUCAAAAAUGUUGCAACGAAAGAAAAAGAAGAAGCAACAUAGAUUGUACAUGGAUUACGAAAAUAUCUCCAGAUCGGACUCUGGAUCCUUGUCUAGUUCCAGUAGUCGUUCUUCAAAGUUGUCGAAUGCAUCUAUAUCUGAAAGAUCUGAAAAAUCCAUAACUAAAUCUCACAGUUCGCUAGUGAAAAAAAAAGGAGAUCGUAGUCAAUUAAAAGUUUCUAUAAACGAGACCGCAGAGCUGAUCGAAGAUGAAAACGUAAACGAGAAAAUACGUAUCGACGAACGGUCAAUCUCUAACGAGGGUCACGAUGAAAAUGACGAACACAAUACGGAAAGAUAGUUAGCAAAGUCUCGUUAA